AUGUUUGCCUCCCAGCAUGUCUAUUCUAGUAUUUCGUCUAACCUUAUGAAUAAACUCAAUGAACGACAUCCUAAUAUGAACACAUCUCUCAUGCAUCUCCCAGCCGAUAUGAUGGCCACCUAUGAUGGUUACACCGUGGCUUGGAUCAAUACUACUGUGAUAUCAUCGCUUACCGCACGGUUGAUUUUCGACAACAACCAUAAGAUCUCUAGUCCAAAUGUUCCUGGAGACUUCAAUGCCUACUAUUUCGGCAGAAUGUGGAAGCAUAAUGUCGUCGUAUGCUAUUUACCACAAGGAGACGAAAGCACAUCAGCUACAGUGAAGAAGAGGGUUGAAAAUAUGCUAAGCAUCUUCCAAGGAAUCCGAGUUGCUGUUUUGGUGGGCAUCGGGGGAGGGGUCCCAAGCGAUCAACACGACAUCAGACUUGGCGAUGUCGUGGUCAGCGGCAUCGGCAGUGGGCUCCCGGGCUUGAUCCGGUACGAAUAUGAUAUCACAGUCAGGGAAAAUACAUUCCACCUCAAUCAGUCCAAUAUCCCAGCAUCUGCCGCGAUAGGAGAAGCGGCAGGGGGCCUUGGAAUCAACCGAUGA